AUUUGUUCGUCUAUUUCUUCGUCUAUUUCUUCGUCUAUUUCUUCGUCUAUUUCGUUCGUGAAUAAUGACGUCUAGACGUAGUGCCCCUCGUAGCAAGAACGGUUGUUGGACUUGCCGAGCACGUAAGGUCAAAUGUGAUGAGUGUCAACCUAUAUGUGCCAAUUGUGAGGAUCGUGCUCUUAAUUGCGACUAUGCACCACGCUUGAAACCCAAACGCCGCCAGCGCCAGCGUUCUGAUAUUGAGAGGAGCCCACUAGCGUCAAAUGACAGGGCCAUACUUCGAGCUGGCCACGAUUCCUCUGCUAGCGGGCCUAUUAUUAACAAGCCUUCGAUCGAGUCAUCUUCUGACCGAUCACCUGUUUAUAAUUUAACCCACAACACUGCCGAUCGCUUUUCUACUCACAGACUAAGUGUCGCAUCUCCAGAUGUCUCCAGAACAGUCCUCCCCUCCACAGCUGGCGAUGAGAAUGAGUUGCCCCUCAAUCUCACUUCUAACGACUGGCCAAUACCCCUGACUUCAACGGAUUGCCAAGCAAUCCAUCAUUAUAUCAAAGACUUUGUCCCCCGUAUGGUGCUCAAGACACCACAAUGGUCAUCCUACUCUGCCCUCCUCCAUCUGUGCACGAAGCACGCGCUCCUAGCACAUCUUGUCGUGGCAUUCUCGGUUCGGGAUAUGGCCCACGAAGACGACGCAGAGUUGGACAUACUUGCCAUCGAGCACUACCGGAAAGCCCUGGGGAUGUUCAUAGAACAUCUGGGAUCAUCUAAUAGAGAGUUGUGGAUAACGUUUCCUGCUUUAUGGUUAUUUAUUCACUAUGAGCAGCAGUACGGCGAUAGCCCUCGAGCCCUACAGAGGCAUCUCGAAGGUGUCAGAGACGUCGUUGAUUCUCAUGGCUAUGCGCUGUUUCCCGGAUCCAUCGGGGGAUCCACCACAAUGAACGUGGCCGGGGAAGAAAUGCCUCGUCAGAUCCUAGAUCGACUUGCGCUUUGGACAAUCUAUCAUGAUGCUGCCGCUGCAACGUUUGGCUUUGGUGGAGGCCUUAUACGGCUGCUGAAAGAGCAGUAUCCUGGAUCAAUAGAACGGAUACGGCCGAGUUCUAGCACGGCAAUUAGGGAUGCGUGGGGAAGUGGAUAUCCGCCGGAGGAAAACUUCUGGGAUCUGCAAGUGAUCCCUUUGGAAAAUCUUAUGCACGAGAGUAUUUUGCUGAGAUACGAACUAUCUCUUCUCAGGCAAGGUAACGAGAAUGGGUUGGAUGCCAAGGGUUUGAUCUCCAUCGGGCGAAAGCUCAAACAGCUUGAGCAGGAGUACUCGUCGCUUAUAGAAGCAGCCCUGUCGAGGAAAAUUGAACGGACCACAAUUCUAUCCAACAUGUGCGUAGCUGCAGCAACCUAUCUUGCAGUGGUUAUACAAUACGAGAGACUUGCUUUUGAAACAUGUCCCUCAGCUGCUGUAUCUAAGACGCUUCAGGCAUGCGCAAGCCUUCACGAGUAUGAAGGCGACGGCUAUAUGCGGAGGGUAGCAUGGCCGAUGUUUGCAGCUGGACUGGAAAUAGACGAUCCAAUCCAUCAAUCCUGGCUUCUAGAGCGUUUCGAUAAUAUAAAGGGCACGAAUAUGAGGCGUGCCGCCAUUGUUUUGAAGGCGGUCUUUCUCGAGAAGAGGAAGAUGAAAGGACCUGUGGACUAUCUCUCUUGGAUUAAGGCGGGGAAGUUUCAGGGAUUUGUGAUAUAGAACAUGUAAGAUGGAGCUGUAAUAGUAAAAUCUGAUAGCUUCCUAAACUCCUCUUGUGGCA